GAAAGAAUUUUGCGGAUUACACAUUGUAGUUAGUAUUGAGGUAUACUGUUGGCAGUAAAACCCCUUCGACAUCGAUUACAAAUUUACGCGCUUAUCAGGUGUCGAAACCAUAACGUGUUUUUGCCAUGAUGGGUCCUAAACCGAAGAAGUUGAAACCGUCGGAUCAAGCAGACUCGAAAUCCGUUAGGAUCCAGCUGCGCAUCGGCAGUUCCGAAGUGUCCGUGGACAAAGCUGCUCUGGCGGCCGAAUCAGCAUACUUCGCCACCUUGUUCGCCGGGAAUUUCAAGGAGAGCGCCUCGACCGCCAUCCAACUCCAGCAACCGGCCAACGUCUGCCUGGAAACGCUCGUCCAAUUGGUGGAGAAAGGCCGGGAACUGUCUAUUGAACGGAAAGACGCCGUUAAAGUGUGGAUGGCCGCCAAAUAUCUGCAAAUGGAGAAAGUGGAGAAAAGGGCUGGCGAUAUCUUGGAUAAGCAGAUGGAACGACCGAAGCAUGCCUACCGCUUGUGGCGAUUGGCCCGUCGCAAGGGCAUGCCGGAUCUGGAGACAUUGACCUUUGGAGUGAUUUUCAAGAAGUUUCUGAGCGGUGCCAAAUUUUCCCAGUUUUCAAAAGCUUGCCAGGCGGAGUUCCUCAAGUGCUCGGUGGACGAGGUCACCGCUCUGCUGUCCCAUGCAGAUUUCGUUCCACAAUCCGAAGCCAUGGUGUAUCAGAUGAUAAUGUGGUGGUGCGCGCAUGAUGCCACGGAGCGAAUGCAGCAUGUGUAUCGUCUUCUGAGCGGCAGCGUUGCGUGGGAUGAUCUGGAUCUAAAUCUGCUGAUCGCCACCGCGAGCGGACAACUACUUGAAGCACUGAAACAGAUUGCGGAAGAGCGCCAAAUGGGUUGUGGAGCGUUGUUGAAGCGUGCAGCGAAGAAAGAGGCCAUCUUCUACCACAUGCGCAAAGGUCAUCCGCACCAGCUUCUCCGCUUCGACUUCAUCCGCAACGAACUGACCAAGCUGGACACGCCGGUGCAAGCGAAGCUGGCUGAGUGUUGGCCCCGGGUUAAAGCCGAUGGAUUCGCGGUAGCCGUGGGCCGGGAACUGAUCCUGCCUGUCCAGACGGAUGGGAAGUAUGACGAUGUGAUUGCGAUGGACUGCAUCAGUGGCGCCACCCGCUCUAUCAUGGGGAUACGCCCUUCAGCGAGGAAUGCAUGUGUGUCGUUGCGGCGGGCGCGGAGCUGUUCGGCGCUUCUGGUGGUAGUCGUUACUCCGUGAACUGGCACUGUUUCGAUCUGGCCACGGGAAAAGUGCGUCGGGCGUCUAAGAUGGCGCUGCAUACGGUUAGUGGCAAAGGUGGUGGAUACAAGUUGAAAUACGACCGAUCAUCCAUGGAAGGAGUCUCGAUUGGCCGCGAUACGAUCGUCUUUUCGUCGGUGGGGUCCGUUAACGCAAAGCACGAUUACAAUCCGGAAUGCAAGGUGGAGUUGUACGAUGUUCGCAGCAACCAGUGGACGGAGC